AUGCAUCACUCAGAAUCACAAAACCAUUCGACACAUUAUACACCUGUCAAGUUUCCCUUCUCUUGUAGAGAAAGGCUAGCUGUUGGAAAGUUGUUGAUUGAAAGAGGUGCUUAUAUAAAUAUUGCCGGUGUUGAUGGUAAAACUGCUCUACACUCUGCAGCUCGUGCUGAUGAUAGUAGUUUGAUGGAGAUGAUAAUCAACAAGGGUUGUGCUGUCAAUUUACAGGUAUGUUCUGUGCUAUGUAAAGACCCCAAUAUCAAUCCUGGACUUGUCAAUAGAGAAGGUUUCAACGCCUUACAAUUAGCAGUUUUUAAAGGCCACUCAUUUGCUGUGGAUAAAAUAUUAGGUGUAGCUGAUAAGUCAGUGGUGAACGUUAAGAACUGGAAUGGAAAUACACUAUUACAUAUUGCUAUAGAGAAGAACAAUACAGAUUAUGCUAAACUUCUGAUUGAAAAGGGAAAUGCUGAUAUCAACAGUAAAAACAUUCAAGGUCAAACACCAUUAUGGUUAGCUGCUAAAAAGGGUUGUUUAGAAUCUGUACAAGUUUGA